AUGUCAUCUUACUAUAGCCCUCACGACAUGGGGCCGCUGUCCCCCAAUGAAGGCAUUUCUCGUCUGGGGGAGAACUUACGGCCAAGCAGUGGAGCCCAGAGUACUCCCUCCCCAUCUCAGAUUUCGGCCGUCAUGAUGCACAAUCCCAAGAGGGCGUACAGGCAACGACGGAAGGAUCCGAGUUGCGACGCAUGUCGCGAACGCAAGGUCAAGUGCGAUGCGACAGAGACGGCGAGUUGCACCGAGUGCUCCAGCCGCAAUGUCCGCUGUCAGUUUACCAAAGACACCAACCGCCGCAUGUCGUCAAUCAAACAAGUACAGGACCUAGAAAGACAACUGUUGGAAGCCCGCCAGCAGCUCGAGCGAUACCAUGCCGUCGAGCGCAAACCUGAUCUUUCCGCGGACGGUCGACCCAACACCGCCUCCUCCGUCUACGCUGAGUUCCCGUCUAUUGGCAAAUCACCACGCAGGAUGUUGAAAGCAAGAGCCCCUCAGGAUCUCACAAGUGCCAGAGUGCAGUUGAAUGAUGUCGGUCGUGGGUUGCUGAAACCGCCGGUCACCGGAGUCCAGCUUCCAUCGCACACUACGCACAUUCGAGUUUCAGAUCUACAGGGAUUGCCUGCGCGACCCGCGGCCGAACGCUUGCUGCAUUACUAUCACGAAUACAUCCACCGCCUAUUCCCUGUCCUGUACUGGCCCAAGUUUCAGCGAAAUUUUGCCAUCGCAAUGGAGCAGGGGAGCGCGCAGUCGUUGGCGACGGACUGGGUGGCGACCCUGUACGCGGUCCUCGCCUGUGGCGCACUGGCCACACAUGACCGUGGCCGGCUGCCCGAAGCGCAGGACUAUUUGACCAGGGCCAUCUCGACCAUCAAUUUCUGGGAGGAUGACGUGUCUACAAACCAGGCCAUAGUGGCGUUCCUCGCCAGCAUUGCCCUGAUCGAGAUGAACCGCAAGUCGGCGAGUUGGAUAUGGUUGGGCUCUGCAAUCCGUAUUGUGCAGGACCUGGGUCUGCAUGUGCAGGGGGGGCAGUGGUCACCCGUGGAGGGCGAAAUGCGCAAACGCAUCUGGUAUUCCUUCUACGUGUGGGACCGCCUGCUUGCGCUGGAGCUGGGAAAGCCCAUGCUCAUCAACGACGACGAAUGCGACACCGAAUAUCCACAGGUGCUCGACGAAGAGCGCCUGAUGGCCGACGACUUGCAUACUCCGUUUCCCCCGACCCUCUUACUUGCCAACAUCCACAUCGCACGGCUCAUGGCGCCCCUGGCCAAGACGUUUAGAUCGCUCUGCAUCACCAGCGAGGCCCUGACCAAGUUCGAAACGCAUCUGGGCGAAUGCCUGCACUUGUUUCCUCGGCCAUUACAGCUCUCGUCGACGGCGGGUCUAGAUCCUUGUAUCAUGGCGCCACUUAUAUCGUUUCAAAAUACACGCAUACUGCUCCACCGUCACAAUCUGUCACCGUCAUGCUCUCCAGAACAGCGAGCCCACGCCAUUGAGCAAUGUCUACAUGCUUCCCGCGAUACGGCAAGCGCUCUCUCGAGAUGCAUGUUACCACACGUUCAGGCGCAUGACUGGGAGCAACGGUUCGUCCUUGCUGCAAGCACUAUGCUGUGUACGCAUCUGUGGAGAUGCAUGCUCUUUCUGCUCUUUCGGCAAGUUUGGGAUGCAUUUUUCUUACUGCUACGGGCGGCUUCGACAAUCGACGACGCUCGAAGCAUCAACAUUUGCUGUGGGAGGCACCUCUCCUUCUUCCUCCGCUGUCUGGUCGAGCGGGUAGAGAAAGCGAACAGCAUCGACAUUGACCAAGACGAGGAACUCCUGGUCUACCUGUCGGCCGACCUUCAAGCCAGUACCAACAGCUGGGUAUGGGGCAGUGCCGAGACAGGCACCCAUCUCAGCCGGCGGCAAAAGCAUGGCCGACCUAGGAACACGCACAAUGAGCACGAGGCACAAGGUAGCUCGGGCGCCAAGUCACCGUCGUGGGACAACAUGUUGUCCGAGGAAGAAAAGCACGAUUGGGGGGGCUGGCAACACAUUGAAAAUUCAGCGCGAUACCUGCAACAAUUGACCGAGAGACAACGUUAUCCACACAAUCAUAUUCCGCAGCAGCCACUCCCCAGGUCGCCCUUAUCCAACGGUCCAGCUGCCGGGAUUUCAGGACCGAGGCUGGCACCGAUCACCAUACCGAACGAACCACCAGAUACAAACCGAGCCCGAAUGACCAUAGCGAAUAUCAUUUAG